CUCCGUAAGUCCUCGCUGCGCGGCCUCCGAGUCCCGGGGGAGGCGGAGCGCCUCAUCGCGAAGCUCUUCGCGGAUGACACGACGGUGUACCUGAGUAAGGACGAUGAGUAUGAUGUCAUGCAGGGUAUCGCCUCCCGAUGGUGCCGUGCGGCGCGAGCCCGUUUCAAUGAUGAGAAGACUGAAGUUCUACCUAUUGGAUCGCCCGAGUUCCGCGCGCGCGUCAUCGCGACAAGGCGGAUGACGGCGAACGGCCCGGAGAUCCCCCUGGCAGCGCACAUCGUGCCGGAUGGGGAGGCGAUUCGAUCUCUAGGGGCGUGGAUAGGAAAUGGUAUCGAUAAUUCAGCCCCCUGGACGCCCGUAGUAAACACGAUCCAGACCAACCUUGCUAAGUGGCAGAAGGGGAAGCCCUCCCUGAAUGGCCGUAAGCUAGCAAUAGGCAUUGAGCUAGCAGGGCGCACCCAGUUUCGUGCGAUGGUUCAAGGGAUGCCGGAGAGUGUUGAAAAGAGCCUCACGAAGAUCAUGAUAAACUUCGUCUGGAAUGGAGACCUACACCCCCGCAUCGAGCGCGAGCAACUA